UUGAGGACGUGGCCACAACGUUUCCGGGACCGUUUUUUUUUUUUUUUUUUAAUAUGGAACUUUACCAGGCGCACAGUGGCUUAGUGGUAGCACGUUCGCCUCACGCCAUCAGGGUUGGGGGUUCAAUUCCUGCCGCUGCCCUGUGUGUACCCCAUGCUGCGAGUGUUUCCUCUGGUACUCUGAUUUCCUCCCCUAGUCCAAAGACAUGCAUGGUAUGAUUGGCUGAUUGGCAUGUCCAAAGUGUGUGUAGUGGGUGUGUGAAUGUGAUUGUGUAUGUGAUUGAACACCCUGUCCAGGAUGUACCCCACCUUGUGCCUGAUGCUUCCUGGGAUAUGCUCCAGGUUCCCUGUGACCCUGAAUGAUAAGCGGUAUAGAAGAUGGAUGGAUGGAUGGAUGGAUGGAACUUUAUCAAGACGUGGUCACAACAUUUUCAUAAAGUAGUCACGCUGAUGAAAGGACAACUAGCUAGCGACGCCAUCAGAACAUACUGUGUUUGCUGGGUUCUGAUUAAAACAUAUAAUAGAUAGACCUAUACAGUUCUGUCCCGGAAAUUACUUAAUAAGGAUAUUUUUUAAACUUUUGGAGUAAAUGAAUGCUGCCCAAUUUUCACGUCCCAGUUUCUGAGUGUUUGGGCCACGUUUGUGAAGUUACUGCGCCAUCUCGUGUUCCUUUGAGGAAUUUUAUUGCUUUGGUCAGUUCGCUUCCGUAAACAUGGCUGGAAACAAAGGUCAAAUGGUUAACGUUAUGAAUGACUUUAAUUGAGUAUUGAGCCAUGGGAUUGCACACAAUGUUCUGUAGAGGAGCUCGGGCGCUGACCAAAAUCAAAUUAAGCAUGUCGCCAUUCUGUGUUUUGAGCAGCGAGCCAUACCGAGUGAUUCACGACAGGAAACAACGUCGUUUCACUAUCAGACUGGACGACGGAGGUAAAGUACAAAGCGCGGUGCUGAAGUACUCAUACAGGAGUGACGGACACCUGCAUUUGUUAUCGACCCAAGUUCCGGAGUCUUUCAGAGGUAAAGGAGUAGCUGCGAGUCUGGCCAAGUGGCAAGGGGUGAUGUAUAUUAGGCAGCAACUGAACAGUCAUUUCUCAAAGUUGAUGUGUUGGAAGCAGGAAACAUGGGGAAGUGUAAGUGGGCAUGUGAGUAUCAGAAUUGUACCGUGGAGUAAUGGAAGAAGGUGGCCUGGUCUGAUGAAUCAUAUUUUGUUUUACAUCAUAUGGAUGGCUGUUUGCGUGUGCUUUGCUUACCUGGUGAAGAGAUGGCACAAGGAUGCACUAUGGAAAGGCAGUGUGAUGCUUUGGGCAAUAUUCUGCUGGGAAACUUUGGGUCCUGGCAUUCAUGUGGAUGUUACUUUGACACGUAGCACCUAUCUAAACAUUGUUGCAGACCAAGUACACCCCUUCAUGGCCACUUUAUUCCUUAAUGGCAGUUUCCUCUUUCAGCAGGAUAAUGUGCCCUGUCACACUGCAAAAAAAUGUUCAGGAAUGGUUUGAGGAACACGACAGAGUGUUCAAGGUGUUGACUUUGCCUCCAAAUUCCCCAGAUCUCAAUCUGAUCUAGCAUCUUUGGGAUGUAUUAAUGUCUCUGAUUUCUGGUUUUAAAAACCUUAUUCAUCUGAUAAUAAAGAUUAAAAUCUGAAAUAAUCCUGGAUUGUUAUAAAGUUGUGUACAGACCUUAGGAGUUCUAUUAUUUUCUUGCAGCUGUAGUGAAGGCAUUAAACAGCAUUGUCAUAGAUUGUUGAACGAGUAAAUUAAGUAUAUAAGUGACCUAUCCAUAUUUCAGACCUUUAGCAUUAACCAAGCGGCUUGUGUAAAAGGAAAAAACAUUCAAACCCAUGUGUUAAUUCUAUUAUUAUAGCACACAUUUAACAAAAUAUAUGUGCUCAAAAUAUUUCUGGUAUCUGAUAAACAGACAGUUUUAUUUAUACAUUUCUCUUAAAUCAAAUUUUAUGUAUAGAUUUUCCAAAGCAAGUGUAAUCAGCCCUGAUGAUUUGGCUGCUAAAUUUAAAACAAGAUAUUGUAGGAAAAACUUUGCAUUUUAAUAAAAUAAAUCAUCAACUAAAAUGAUAAUGUUCUCUAUAGUGAAAAUAAUAAUAAAUAAUGCUAAUGGAAUUUUUCAGUGUUACCAUCUU